GUGACGACCGAAAAUCCCAGGCAGUACGAGCAAAGAUGGUGGAUGUCCUCUAGCUAGCUAAUAUUAGCCCAGUCGUAGUCACAGCCACUGUCUAACGUUUGUCAUUCAAUGUAACUCAAAAUGUCUGUUGCUUUUGUACCGAAAAGACAUAGAGGAAAAGCUCAGAUCAACCAAGAAACCAUCCAAAGAUUACUGGACGAAAAUGACCAGCUCGUAAGGUGCAUCACAGAGUACAUGCAAAAAGGACGCGCAAUGGAAUGUGUACAAUAUCAACAGAUCUUGCACCGCAACAUUGUUUACCUGGGAACCAUAGCAGACGCCAGCCAAACUUGGCUCCAACCACAAACAUCCCCACCAAUGGAGAGGAACCAACAUUGACAGCUCAGAAUGGACAUAAAGCCAUCAUACAUAGGCAAUUUCCUCUGAAUUGAUUCACAGCUAUCAUUUUAUUGAAAAUAAAUGUUGCUAUUUUUUUCCUGA